AUGGAAGAAUGGCUUAUUCUCUGCACACGGCAUUUGACUUUGCCGAUUGUCUGCUCAAUGAUGUCGCCCACUAUUACUUUGAAUUCAACUCCGUGUAAUUCUGUGAAUAAGAUUGAAGGAAUGCCUCUGAAUCCCUCACUUAUUUAUGCAAAACCUCGUACCACUAUCCAAAUCAAUGAAAAAGAAGGCAUAAUGUGGCUGAGCUUGAGCAUGAGGACUCUUCUGAUUGUAUGUGUCUGCAUGACCAUUCUCUACAACUCAAUCUCUGCAGAUUGUAAGAAAGCAGCAGUGAGCAAUGCUCUUAUACGAGACAACAAUUUGGCCGAGGAAGAGGAAGGGGAGAUUUAUUUGGUAUUGAUUUAUCAAUCUCGUUUUCUUAAUAAUAAAAUAGGAGUGAACAAUGGAAUGAUGGGAAACAAUUUGCCUCCCGCAGAAGAAGUAGCAAGUUUAAUGCAGCAAAACAAUAUUGGGAAAUUGAAGAUUUUCAAUGCAGAGCCUGUUGUACUAAAGGCAUUUGCUAAUUCUGGCAUCGAAAUUAUUGUGGGUAUCACUAACGAUGAAUUGCAGAACAUCUCCUCCAACCAAGAAGCCGCAGAUAAGUGGGUCAAUGACAAUAUUCUGGCGUACCCAGUCACCAAUAUAAAAUACAUUUGUUUGGGCCACAAGGCUCUGAAAAAGGCUGCUUUUGGAUCGUAUGUUCUUCCCGCCAUGAAUAACAUACAACAUGCUGUUGAGAAGGCCAAUCUGCAGGAUAAAAUCAAGGUCUCCGCCACUAAUGGCAAGGGAGUGAUACCUUUUUCAUUCUUGCCAUCGAAGGGAGCUUUCAGCGAUAGUGUGAAGGACAAGAUGCGCUCUUUUCUGCAAUUUCUUGAAGAUCACGGAUCCCCUUACAUGGCCAAUUUAUAUCCCUAUUCCGCGUACCUUGAAAACUCUAAUGUUAGUUUAGAUUAUGCUUUGUUCAAUACCACAAAUCCAGUUGUAGUAGACGGAGAUAGGAAAUACACCAACUUAUUUGACGCCAUGGUGGAUACCAUCUAUUCCGCCAUGGAAGCCCUGGGAUUUAGCAAUAUACCAGUUAUGGUUACUGAAACUGGAUGGCCAUCUUAUGGAACUGGAGAAAAUGUUAAUGUCGCUACCAUUGAAAAUGCCCAGACGUACAACAAUAAUUUGAUCAAACAUGUGUUGUCUAAUGCAGGGACGCCUAAGAGACCUGGAAAGAGCAUGGAGGUUCUCAUCUUUGGUCUUUUUAACGAGAAUAUGCAAGAAGGGGAUGAGACAGAGCGUCACUUUGGGCUUUUCUACCCGAAUAAAACGCUUGUUUACCCUGUAAAUUUUUCUCCAUAA